GAUAUCCUAUUUCGGUAGAGUACAGGGUUGUAUAACUGACCGACAAACCGUUGACUGAAUAAUGCGGAUAUGAUCGGUCAAUGUUUACAGUGUUAAAAAAAAGUUGCAGUCAUUGUUUUAAAAUCGGUGGAAUCAUUCGUGACACGAAUUACUUAAUUCAAACGUCACAUGACCAUCCGGUGACGGUGUAAACAAAAUAUUGAAGAAGUGAAGUUGUUGUAUUGUCUCAACAUUAUCAGUGUACUUUCUACAGACACUGGAGUAUGUAACAGACGAAGCGAAACAUUAGACGAGCAUGGACGAGAGGAGAAGUCUGUUGAGCGCCAGGAGACAUGACGCCGAGCAUCGACCAGGAAAUGCCUGCAAAGUGAAAGUAGCUCAAGGCGCUAUUCUGUUAACUGUGGCACUGGAAAGACUUGCAUUUUACAGUCUUACAGGGAAUCUUGUGUUGUUCCUGAACAGUGGGCCGUUCAACUGGAGAUCUUAUAAUGCCUUGUAUUGUACUUUUGUUUUUCUAGGAAUAUCGUACGUGCUAUCGUUUGUGGGUGGGAUAAUUGCUGAUACGUUGCUGGGAAAAUUCAAAACACUUCUUUUGUCAUUUGUGAUAUACCUAGUGGGUUAUGUCUUCCUGCCAGUGAUAACCAAAGGGGUGGAAUUUAUAUCUCCUAACAUUACAGCUUUACCUGAUAUUUGUGGUGGCGAUGAUAAUGAUGACGAUGGCAGUGAUAUGUACGAAAUCAUGGUCAGCCAAGAGAGCGGAAAACUGGAAUUAAUUGAUGAAAAUUGUGCAGGAUUGAUUUUUGGAAUCUUAACAAUCAUCGCAGUUGGUUCUGGAAUUUUUCGAUCUGUCGUAGCUCCGUUCGGUGCAGAUCAGGUUCGAGGGGAAGGUCCGCAGACAAGCUUGGCCUUCUUUAACUGGUAUUACUGGUCGAUCAAUCUGGGAACACUUAUUGCUUUGUCUGCUGUUACUUACGUACAACAGGAUGUCAGCUUCUUCGAUGGCUUUCUGACCUCCAAUAUUUGUUUGGGGUUAUCCUGCCUCGUAUUUAUUGCAGGAUGUUGGACUUAUGUGUAUAUACCCAAAACUGGAAGCAUUUUAACAAACAUUUUCAAAAUUUUAUUCGAGUCCUGUCAAAGGAGAAAAGUGAAUAGACAGAGAAUAAACAACGUGGAACAAGUCAGUAGUGAUAUAUCAGACAUUCCGGAACUCCGCUCCUCCGAAGCAUCGCCCUCAUUCCUGGACAGGGCUAAAUACAGAUAUGGAGGGAGUUUUCACGAAACAGCAGUAGAUGAUGUGAAACAACUUCUGAAAAUUUUGUGUGUGUUUGUCACUCUGCUACCGUACUGGAUGGUUUACUUUCAGAUGCAGACAACCUUUGAACUCCAAGGACUGCACAUGAAACUGGAUCUGUCAAACGGAGAAACUUAUAAAAUAUGUGACAAUAAUUUUUCAAGUUAUUCUCCUCACUCGACAGAUAAAAGCACAUUGGUGGCGGCGUGGUUUUCGCUGUUUGAUGUGGUGUUUCUCAUCCUCCUCCUGCCACUGUUUGACAGAGUUAUCUACCCUUACUGGGCUCGUCGUGGGAAGCCGGUGGGCAUGGUAUUUAGGAUCAGCCUGGGGAUGAUGUUUGCCACUUUUGCUGUACUGAUUGCUGGCAUUGUAGAACUCUUUAGACUUAAAGCGGUGUGGAAAUAUCCGGAUGAAGAGUGCUGCAGCUCCACCAUCAAUCAGACCAUAGGUCACACUGUGUAUAGGGCAGCUGACAUGAGUGUUUUCUGGCAAAUCCCACAGUACGCACUGAUUGGGAUUAGUGAAGUCUUCGCAAGUGUGGCGGCUUUGGAGUUUGCUUACCAGAUGGCGCCAAAGUCGAUGAAGGGAAUCAUCAUGGGAUUCUUCUACCUGUUCACUGGGAUUGGCAGCCUGCUGGGAACAGGCACCAUGUUUGCCUUUAAAGGGAUUUGGUUCUUUGAAGAAGACUUUGGCAAUAUUAACUGUCGCAUGCCAUGUGGUAUUGAUCAUGAAAACAUUUACAAGCACUCCUGCCAUCUGGAUUACUAUUUCUUUUUUCUGGCUGGUCUGGAAUUUGCUGGGAUGUUUGUGUUUAUCAUUGUUGCUCAACUUUUAAAUCUUAGCCAGCAUCUGGUGGCAGUGGCAAAAACAGCCAAGCUGGCCAGUGUCACAGAGAAGUCGUACCAAACUAGAGGAAGUGUUAGUCACAGAGUGAACACUCAAAACUAAAGCAGAGAGAGAGAGAGAGAGAGAGAGAGAGAGAGAGAGAGAGAUGUUGGUCUGUUAAAAACCAAAUGUGUUCAGGAUAGACCACCUAAUCAUUUGUAUAACAUGUUUUAACCAAAUACAGAUACUUGUUUUGCAUAAUUGUAUAAGUUAAUGUCAUAAUGUACAAAAUUCCUUUGACUUGGACAUUUUAAUGGUACAUGUAAUAACUGAAUUGAAUGAAGAUAUACAAAUCCAAUAUCAAUGUAUUAUCAUGUCUUUUUAACUGUUUACAUUUGACAUCAUAAUAUGAUACAAUUCACAAUUUCAUUGAUUAUUUUUCCAAAGAAAGUAAUGUAUUAACAACAAAUUAGUGUAUGCAUUAUCAUGUUCUUUGUAAUGUGGUGCAGACAGGGUAAGAGGAAUGGGGAGAAAGGGGAUGGAAGGAAAGAGAGACGAGAGGGAAGAAAGAGAUGAGGGAAGAGAGAGAUAAUAAGGAAAGAUGGAGGGAAAAGUGGAAUUCCCUGACUUCCCCCUGUAAGGUAUCGGAUGGUGCUAUCAUGAAAUGUGUGUGGAAAUUUCUUGACAUCACAGAGAUGAGAGAUAUUGUUUUUAAUGAAUUAAUGGGCAUAUUUUAGUUGCAAUCAUUCAUUCUGUUUAAAACAUUUUACUAGGGCAAAUGUAGAUCACCCGAAAUGUACUAGACAGGCAUGUCUUAUCAAGUUUGUUUGGAUAUUUUUGAUAUAUAGAAUGCAAUGGGUAUUUAUUUAGAUUAGAAAUUAAUGAUACAUGCUACAAAAAUGGAUAUAUAUAUAUAUAAAUAGAUAAAUAAAUGUAUUUCUUUUUUGCAGUUAUGAAAUUGUUGUAAAUGUUGUGAAUAGAAUUCUUAAAAAUGAUGUAGAAAAUGUAAACCAUUUAAGAUGGUUAAAAUAAAGGUGGGAGUUUUUGUGAAUUAUGACAAAAAUGGCAGUUUGGUAUCUAAGAUGAUUGUUAUUGAUCUGAUGUACUCGUAGAUAAAUAUAAAAAAAGCUUAUAGCAUAUGUGUAUAUCCCAGAGUGCCGCCAAGUGGAACAUUCCCUUUCAGCUGGGUAUAUUUUAACACACUGUUGAACCCAGUACAUAAUAUGAAUCGAUAUUUAGCAUGUAUAUAAAGUAAUGCAUUUUUAUUUAUCAGCGUUAAGCGGUCAGUUAUGAUAUUAUUUUCUCUCCCACUUCAUUGUGAGGGUAUCAGUAAUAAUACCCUGUGGUAUGUUUGUAUUAUAGAGGGGGGUUCAUUGCAUUUAUCCCUGAAAAUGCAAACUCACUUGACAAUUAUUCCUUAGGUAUACUUUCAUGAUAGAAGUAAAAAUCAAAAUUAUCUCCUUCACAUAUAUGUAAAUAUAGAUGAACUUUUGAUAUUCUCUGUAGACAGUAUUAUUGAAAUAGAGAUUAACCAUUUAUUAAUAAUCGAUAGCACAUGUAUAGUUUUUAUUGAAUAAAAUGUUAUUUUUAAA